GUCUCCCAGCUCGAAGCAUCUACCCCCACCAACCGCUCACAGGCUAGCUCGAUCGUCUCGCUGAGCUAGACUCGGCUGGGAUGGCGGCGGAGGGGAAUGCGACCUCGGCGGCGGCGGGGAGGACGUCUUCGGCGGCGGCGGGGAGGGGUUGCGGGCUGGCGCUGGGGAGGCUGGUGCGGAAGCUGCGGAGGCAGAGCAGGAUGAUGCUGUCCACGGCGACGGCGCGGCCGGCGGCGAGGUGCCAGUACGACCCGCUCAGCUACGCGCGCAACUUCGACCGCGGCGGCGACGACGACGUCUCCGCGCAGCUCUACCACCGCUACACCUUCGCGUCCCGCUUCGUGCUCGCCCGGCAGCCGCAGUAAAUCAAAAGCCGACAUGUCUAGCUGUAGCGUAGCUCGCCGCCAUUAGAGGUAGAUGCAAUGCACUCAUGUCAUGUGUAGUGUGUGUCUCUCUUCUUCUCCUUUUUUUGUUCUUCGACGUCCUGCAGCUUCAGCCUGCAGUGCUAGUUUCUUCGAUCUGUUCAUAUUGAGGAGAGUUGUAAGUGAUUUCCCAGGCAUCCAUUGGACGAACUGGAGGAGAAUGUCAGCCGAAGAAAGCUUCUCUCGGGCUGAUUUUGGAAUCCAUCCCCAUCCAUUCCUGAUAUCUUUCGUCCAUUCUUGGCAUUUUCUUGGGUGCCAUGUACUCUACGAAUUACCAACUGUGAAAU